AUGUGGCCUAUACCCAACAUGUUCGCAAAAUUAAAACAAAAUCUGAGCGUUAUACACAUUACACUUGGGGUAUUUCCCAUGUAAAUUAAGCUUUAAUUUAACUGUUUAAAAACCCGUCAUUUUCAGUACCCGAUCCUCCUCAGUUGGCUGGCUGGAAUUCUGUUCACAGUAGCUCAUAAUGCCCGCUCCUAUGACGUCAUCUACACGUAUGAUCUGGUGAAAGUUGGCUGGGUAUCCAGGGCCAAAUUCGGGUUGGCCGAGGACAUUUUAUUGGCAGUUAAAAUAAGUCUAAUGACCGUUGGAUUGAUCUGCACUGGGAUUCUGAUGCGACGGAUUUUGCGAUAG